UCUAUUUUCCAGUCAAACCUAGUGUAUGUUGUAAAUACUAUGUAUUUGAUCCAGCAUAGUGAAAAACUGAGUAAUUUGCACAUUUCUGAUGUGAAUAUUGGUAUUUGUGCCUAGAAACACGUUGUAUUUCAUAUUGAAUCUGCUAGAACAUCUCCUGUAUGACUCGGGGUUGUACAGAUAAUGUAUGGUCUGGUUUAGACCCUGUAGGCUGAAGGUUUGCACCACUGGACAUGGUGCCAUGUUCUACAUCUGUCUGUCUCUAGCUAGUAAUAUGUAUGUUUGUAUAGGUUGUUGUGUGCUUUUUGUUUCUUGCAAUAAAAUUGUUUGGAGUGUAUUUUUUGCCAUUCUCACAUUGUAUCACUUAGCUUUUGGUUUUAAAGAACUUUUUUUUUUUCCUAAUGGUUUUUGAAAAUGUUAUCAAAAACCACUGAGAAACCAUUGUUAAACUUGGGACUGUUUCUUACUUUUGCCUUGGGAAUCAAACAAAUACCAAACCCAGCGUAUCCCACACGUUUUGAGGACAGUUCUGUGCAGCUAAAACUAUUCCUUUCCAUGUCCUUAACUCUUUGAGUAUUUGUUCCUAAAGCUGUGUAACUGAAGUGCUAUUGUUUGGGCCCCUCCAAGUACAUGAAUGUCUUGCACAGAUUGCCAUGGGUUUGAGUAUCGUUCCUACACAAAGUGGUAUUCUAAAGUUCUGCCUUUGAUCUUUUCCACUUCAUCUGGUGAAGUUUAGUCUCAUAGUUUUGUCUGCAAAUGAAAAUAUGGAUUGCAAAUUUUGGCAUAAGGUUAGAGCCUGGUGCCUUCAUGGGUGAAAGCCCCCUGCCAUUUUUCUCCUGCUUGCAGUAUAUUUUUUGAUUUGGGUGACCUCGGUGUUGGAUCCUGCUUUAACUUCCCAAAUUCAGCCUUUCUUUAGUAUACCACCACUUUGAAUUGACACUUGGGAAAGGGGCAGCAUUUUUCUGUAGGCUUGAAAACGCUGUUGUUGUGCUGCUAAAAUCUAAAUAACACGGAAAUACUUGACUGGUGAUGGUCUAGAUCUUGAUUUGCCACUGGGAUCGAACACUGUGUGUAAUUAUGCCUUUCAAAAUAGUCCUUAGAGUAUAAAAAUAACUGUGUGCUUUUUUAUUUUUCAUCUUUAUUUUAAGUAUAACUGCUUUUUCUUCACUAGAAUGGUGUGAGGCAUUACACUAACCCUGGAUCAUUGGAUCUGAUCACUCAAUAAGCUGUUAGGAGAACUUGAUCUAGAAAUUCUGAACUCUGUGUCUGUGUUCUGUGAAGAAUGCAGCCUGAUUCCCAUGGAAUGCUUUACAGUUUCAAAUUCAACACUGUGUGUGUGUAGGUCUAAAACCACCAAGUCUAAAUCUGCAUCCUUAUUCUAUUGCUGAACAAUUUGAAUUCUUUUUUUGGACAUGAAUGUCUCUGAUUGAGAGUUUGAGUUAGUUUAACUGGCCCAGUGACCCUAGCAGUUAAUGUAAUGCAUUGAUGUGAACCACGUUGAUAGUAUUUGAUCUAACUCAGAUGGGUUUUAAUUUCUUGAAAACAGUUCUUUUUUCUUUUUUUGUUUACUAGCAUGUGUAUAAACACCAAUCACAUGUUCAUAAAUAAAGUUAACAUUCUUUUAGCCUCCUGUGUUCCCUGGCAUGUCUGUAUUAUGUUUCUGAGUAGCAUCUUAUCACAAGCUAACAUAGAUGUUUGAAGGAAGAAUCUUGGAGUGGGAGGGAAGACUUAGGGUUAGUUACAGCUAACUAAAGGAUAGGAAAGGCAAAACGAACUCCUUUUCUCCUAUGCCCUGGAUGGACGUGAUUUGGGUUGUGGGUAGCCAUAGAGAGGAGUCUUUGCAUCAGUCUUUCCAAGUCCUGUCUCUCACUGUAGCAGCACAGCAGCCUCAGGCUCUUCUAGUGUGGGAGAAUCUUUAUUCUUAAAGCUACCUCAGGUCUUGGCAUAAAGUGUGGGGGCUCUGUGUGCUUGUUUUUUAUUUAUUUUUUUCUUUUUUUAAUACACAUUUCUGUCUGGAUUUCGAAGCAGAGCCUGAAUAUUAGUGUGGUAGGAAUAAAUCCCUGGAGAGUUUGCCAAUUCUUGUUCAACAGUAAAGCAGCAAAAUUAAAAUUAGUGAUUUUUUUUUUUUAAACCAAGGAUGCACAGAGCUUAUCCUCUGCCUCUAUUCAUUUUCUUGCUCUUCUGUUAGCUGACAGCCUACACUUGCAGAUCUGUGCUGCUGUCCCACUAUAACUACAGCCAAAGCAAGGAGGUGGAUCCUUUUUUGGUUUAGUGUUACUAUAUGAGUAACUCCAAGGAUCACUGUUUGGUAUUUGUCCUUGGAGACUGCAGAAGUACAGGGAGUCAUGCCUAUUGUUUCAGUGCCUUCAGGCCUAACCUUGGAGUGAUCCUUCUUGGCUGAAUUUGUAGCUUAGCCAAGUUGAUGGGUUCUAAGAAAUGACUGUAACUCAGGUGUAGCACUUCAGCAGUGAGAUCAGCCUUUUCUGUCCCAUUUCUCACUUAAUUUCUGUUAGUUCUUGCUUAGUCUUUUGCAGAAAUUAGAUUUGUUGAUGCUGAGGCUUGGGGUUUUCUGGGUUAUUUUCAGUUCUUCUGCAGUGUUAGGGCUGUACACAAGUUUGUUGGAGAUGUUGUUUGUGCUUGACUGAUUGGAAGGACUGGCUGGAAAUACUUUAGCAGAAAUUUAAAGGCAAAAAGAAAGACCAGAGCAUGCAGGAUGACUAGAAGAUGGCCACUGGGCAAACACACUAACUAGUACAUUAAUUCUUUGAUUAAGUGUGCAGUGGAAAGGAGUGCUAGCAUCUCCUUUAAGAAAUGAGACUGUUGCCUUCAAGCCAUCCCUAAAAAAUACAGAAGCUCAUUAAUAGUUGAUUAACUGUUAUGUUUGAGUUACAGUCAGUACUGGACUGUUUAACUCCAGUGGAGAGCUUCCCUAACUUCUCCUUUGCUUCUGCCAAACCACAGAAUGGUUGUGGCUGUGCCUGCCCUGAGAGAAAGCAUAGGUCUGUUUCUUCACCUGUGAAAAGAGUGGCAUAUGGAGCUGCAGAACACCUGCUCAGCAUUUUUUUUUGCAGAAUGAUGUACAAAAUGUUCUGGCAAGAUGGAAAGCUAAGUCUUCUGGUGAGGCUUGCAGUGGGAAGCAGGUCUGCCCUUCCAGAGCUGGGCAUUCCUCUCCCAAGCCAUACUCCCAAGUACUGCUUAGUUAGAACAAUGAUGUUGUGUGUGCUUCUUUGUAGAUUAUUAGCGUUUUUCCCUCCUGGAGUCUGGUAAAACAGCUCCCAUGAAUUCUUCCACUCUAUCAGGUAGUAAAGGACAAGAGCUUUUUGCCAAGGAAGGGUUUUAGUCUCUCUCCCGAGCUGAUCAGUGACCUCUUGAGGAGAGCUCUUCAGUUUAUCUUGUGAAACUUUAGUCUACAUUUUUGAGCAACUGAAGACAUAAGCAGUGAUUCAGAUGUCUUUCUGGUGAUUUUUUUUUUCUUGCUAUUGGCAGCUAUGCUGCUGCUUGAAGCAUAAUUCAAGGCAGUAUAUUGGGAAAGGAACUAGAGAAGAGUUACCCUGCACUCCAGUAUAUUUUCGUUGAACACUGCACUGCUAACUACUGCCUGGGGACUCCGUUCCUGCAGCUGGGAGGGAGGAGUGGGGUUGCAGUGGAGAAAACAUAUGACAGGAUUGUGCUCUGAAUUUGUGUUUUCCUCAUCAACAGGAUACUUUACACCCCCUUGCAUUUGUUCCUUUAAUACUGGGCUGCUGUUAAAAAAUAGCAAGUUGAAUAGUAAACUGUCCCACUUCCCAAAGCAAUCUGGACAGUGUGGGCUGUGCUCUUAAGAAAAGAGAAGCAAUCACUUUCCUAGACUGCUCCAAACACCUCCAUCUCAAUGAUUGAUGACUCUUCUGCAUCUAUUUCUCUGGCCCAGCUUACUAAGACUGCCAAUCUGGCUGAAGCCAAUGCUUCCGAGGAAGAUAAAAUUAAAGCUAUGAUGACACAGUCUGGCCAUGAAUAUGAUCCAGUCAAUUACAUGAAGAAACCCUUGGGCCCACCUCCCCCGUCGUACACUUGCUUCCGCUGUGGGAAACCUGGCCACUACAUAAAGAACUGCCCAACAAAUGGGGACAAAAACUUUGAGUCUGUUCCUAGAAUUAAAAAGAGCACAGGGAUUCCCAGGAGCUUCAUGAUGGAGGUUAAAGAUCCAAAUACCAAGGGUGCUAUGCUGACCAACACCGGCAAAUACGCAAUCCCGACCAUUGACGCGGAAGCUUAUGCUAUAGGCAAGAAGGAAAAGCCUCCCUUUUUACCAGAGGAGCCGUCAUCCUCUUCAGAAGAAGAUGAUCCUAUUCCAGAUGAGUUGCUGUGUCUCAUCUGUAAGGAUAUCAUGACAGAUGCGGUUGUUAUUCCCUGCUGUGGAAACAGCUACUGCGACGAGUGUAUUAGAACAGCACUGCUGGAAUCUGAGGAGCACACGUGUCCAACGUGUCAUCAAACAGAUGUCUCUCCAGAUGCUCUCAUUGCCAACAAGUUCCUACGCCAGGCUGUGAACAACUUCAAAAAUGAAACUGGCUACACCAAGAGGCUCCGUAAGCAGGUUCAGCACCACCAACAGCAGCAGCAACAGCAGCAGCAGCAGCCACCACCUCCACCACCACCUCCGCCUCCCCCACCCCUGAUGAGACAAACAAUAACGCGCAACCUGCAGCCCCUGAUGCGGCCAGCCAUGGCCAGACAGCAGGAUCCCCUCAUGAUCCCACUGGCUUCUCUGGCCUCUCGUUCAGCUGCUUUGUCAUCCUUGGGUCCUGGUCAGGGACCUGGGCUGCCAGUAAAUCCCAAUUCCGUCCUUGUCUCUGAUCUCCCUCCAGCAGUGUCCCUCCUCCGUGGUGAAAAGCCAGAUGGACCUUUUCGUGAUGCUGAUCCUGUUUUACCUCCUGCUCUGAUGUCUGCUGAGCUUUCUAAAACUUCCUCUUUGUCAAUCAGCAGUUUGUUAGAAGAGAAGGGCUAUCAGGUUCCCGUGCUACGACAGCCAGCAAUACCAAGUCUUCUGGGCCCUCAAGGACAAUCCAUACCCACAACUGGUCACCCCAUGAGAGCAGGCACCCUUCGCUCUGCAGGUGGCAGACCAGGCUGGGAGCUUUCAAAUCGAGGACGCCUGCACAGUGAUCGUUCCCAAAGGACUCAGGCCCCAGCACUACCAGCAUCAUCACCAGUCUUUGUGCCUGUGCCUCCACCUCCCUUGUACCCUCCACCACCCCAUGCACUUCCUCUUCCACCCGGGGUACCACCACCACAGUUUCCACCUCAGUUUCCACCUGGCCAACCUCCGUCUGCUGGGUACUCUGUCCCCCCUCCAGGAUACCCCCCAGCUCCUGCAAAUAUAUCAUCAGCUUGGGUCCCAGCAGCAGUACCAGCGGGGCACUCAAACACCAUCCCAACGACACAAGCACCUCCUCUCUCUAGGGAGGAGUUUUACAGAGAGCAGCGGAGACUGAAAGAGGAGGAAAAGAAAAAGUCCAAACUUGAUGAGUUUACAAAUGAUUUUGCUAAGGAAUUGAUGGAAUAUAAAAAGAUUCAAAAGGAGCGUAGGCGUUCGUUUUCCAGGUCCAAGUCUCCCUAUAGCGCCUCGUCCUACUCCAGAAGCUCCUACACCUACUCCAAGUCGAGAUCGGGCUCCUCGCGCUCACGCUCCUACUCACGCUCCUUCAGCCGCUCCCACUCCCGCUCCUACUCGCGCUCCCCUCCGUACCCCAGGAGAGGCAAAGGCAAGAGCCGCAACUACCGCUCGCGCUCCCGCUCCCAUGGCUACCACCGCUCCCGCUCCAGGUCACCCCCCUACAGGAGGUACCACUCACGCUCCAGGUCUCCAGCCUUCCGAGGCCAGUCUCCCACCAAGAGGACUGUGCCGCAAGGGGAGGCAGAGCGGGAGUAUUUCAACCGAUACAGGGAGGUGCCUCCCUAUGAUAUGAAAGCUUACUAUGGCAGGUCUGUUGACUUCAGAGACCCUUUUGAGAAGGAGAGAUACAGAGAGUGGGAGCGGAACUACAGAGAGUGGUAUGAGAAGUUCUACAAGGGCUAUGCUGUUGGUGCUCAACCUCGGCCUCCAGUAAGCAGAGAGAACUUUUCUCCAGAUAGGUUUGGUCCACCUGGGGCCAGACGAGAGAACUCACCCUACGCCCGCGGGCGCAGGGAGGAUUAUCCGGGUGGGCAGAGCCACAGAACUCGUAACGUAGCUGGGAAUUACCCUGAAAAACCUGGGAGAGAGAGCCAUGGCAUCAAAGAUCCUACAAAAUCAAAGGAGAAGGAGGUGGACAAUCCCCUAGGAGAUAGCAAAGGCAAUAAACAUAAAAAGCACAGGAAGAGGAGAAAAGGGGAUGAAAAUGAGGGGUUUGCCAGUGCUGAGCUGCUAGAAGGCUCCAGAAAGCCAAGAGAGACGGUUCCAACAGAGGAUGUGAAAGCAGACUCCCUGUUCAUGCUCCCCAGCAGAGAUGAUGCUACCCCCGUGAGGGAUGAGCCUAUGGAAGCAGAUUCUAUUGCUUUCAAACCAGUGUCUGAAAAGGAGAAGAAAGAGAAGGACAAGCCAAAAGCAAAGGUUGAGAAGACAAAGCGAAAAGCAGAAGUGGCUGCUCCUCCUAAGAAGGACACUGUAGUUAAACCAGCAAAAGCUUCCCAAGAGAAGGUGGAUGCUGACCGUGAGAAAUCUCCUCGAGCAGAACCUCCUGCCAAAAAAACCAAGGAGGAGCUGCCGAAGACAGACAGUGCUAAGACCUCUUCCUCUCAAAAGGAUGAGAAGGCUCUUGGUACCCCACGCAAAGUUCACCCAAAAGCCACAAAAGAUCACGCAGAAAGCAGACCAGCCAAGGAGGAAAAAGCAAAGAAAGACCAUCCGAAGGAAACCAAGUCAGAGAAGCCUUCCAACAAGGAGGACAAGUCAAAGAAACCUGCUGAGAAAAGCAAACCUUCUGAUGCCAAACCUGAGAAAAGGAAAAGGAAGGCAGAUGAAAAGGUGGAUAAAGAGCAUGAGGCCACUUCUGCCAAGACCUCAAAACUUGAAACUGCAGAGUCGAAGACGUCACCUAAGGGGAAGGUUGAACCUGAUGGUGACAAAGGCGAACGGACUCCCGAGAAGGAUAAAUCUGCUUUCCUUAACAACCCUGCAAAAAAGAUUAAACUUAACAGAGAAACUGGCAAAAAGAUUGUGAGUACGGAGAAUGUGCCACCUGGGAAAGAACCUGCUGAGAAACCGGAGCCCAGCAGCAGCAAAGUUAAACAAGAGAAAACCAAGGGGAAAACCAGAAGAAAAGUAACUGCAGCUGAUGGAACCAGCACAACCCUUGUGGACUACACCAGCACCAGCUCCACUGGAGGAAGCCCUGUCAGAAAGGCUGAAGAUAAGCCAGAUACCAAACGAACUGUCAUCAAGACCAUGGAGGAGUACAACAAUGAUAUCACAGCCCCUGCUGAAGAUGUCAUCAUCAUGAUCCAGGUCCCUCAGUCCAAGUGGGAUAAAGAUGACUUUGAGUCUGAAGAGGAGGACAUUAAAACUACCCAGGUGCCCACAAGCAUCGGGAAACCUGCCAGCGUGAUCAAAAAUGUGAGUGCUAAGGCACCAAACCCCAUCAAACACAGUGAAAAGGAAAUGGAGUCCCUGGAGAAGCUGCAGAAAGCUGCAAAGGAAAUGAGUUACGAAAGCUCCCAGCACGACGCAAAAAGCUCCAAAAGUUCCACCUCGAGCGAGAAGGGCAAAACCAAAGACAGGGAUCAUCCUCUGCCAGAAAAGGACACCUCUGAGAAAAGGAAGAGCAGUGUUCAGCCAGAGAAGGACCACUCAGAACGGGCAGCUGAACAGGGCAAUGGGAAAGGCGUUUCUCAAUCUUCCAGAGACAGCAGAUCGUCCGAGAAACAUGACUCUAGCCGCGGGUCCUCCACCAAGGACUUCACGCCCAACCGGGACAAGAAGUCUGAGCACGACAGCAGCAGAGAGCACUCUAGUUCCAAGCGCAGGGAGGAGAAGAGUGAAUCGGCCAGAAGAAAAGAGUCCCCCUCUCGAACCAGGGACUCUGCAGCAGCACAGAAGAGCAAGCCAAGGGAGGAGCGGGCAGAGCCCUCCAAGAAGGGCACUGGAGAUGCAAAGAGGAGCAGCUACAGCCCCUCGCGUGAGCGCAAGCAGGCGGAGCACAAGGCUGCUCACGACUCCAAACGCACGGCGGAGGAGCACAAACCUCCAGAUAAAAACCCAGCGAAGGAGAAGGAGAAACACAUCCCUGAGGUGAAGAGCAACAAAGAGAAGGAAAAGGAGAAAGAAAAGGAGAAGGAGAAAGAGAAGGAGAAAGAGAAGGAGCCCAGUGGCAAUAAACCCCCUGUGAAGCAGGAGUCACCCGAUGUCAAAAGUGAGAAGGAAAACGUGCCUGGGCAGAAUGACAAAAAUGCAGUGAAGCCCAAGCCUCAGGUCAGCAGCUCCUCACGGCUCUCCUCUGACCUCACCAGAGAGACUGAUGAGGCUGCCUUUGUGCCAGACUACAACGAGAGUGACAGCGAGAGCAACCUGUCUGCCAAAGAGGAGGAGGCUGCAGGGAAGGCUCCAAAGGAGCCCAAGGAGAAGGCUGUGGAGAAGGCGAAGGAGGAGCCGGCAGCGCCUGCUGUGGCAGAGCAGCCAGAAGCAGCCCCAAGCCAGAGCAGCCCCAGUGUCAGCCGCAGCCGCAGUCAGAGCCCGUCUGAGAGCCAGACCCGGAGCCAUAGCAGCAGUGCCAGCUCCGGGGAGAGCCAGGACAGCAAGAAGAAGAAGAAGAAAAAAGAGAAGAAGAAGCACAAGAAGCACAAGAAACACAAGAAGCAUAAGAAACACCUGGGAAACGAAACAGAGCUGGAAAAGAGCCAAAAACACAAACACAAGAAGAAAAAAUCCAAGAAGAGCAAAGAUAAAGAGAAGGACGACCAAAAAGUGAAAUCUGUCCCCACGUAGAGCGACAGAUCAGUACAAAAGUGACUUAAUUCCUAAGUCAUCUGUAUUAAAUUUUGUUAAAAUGUAAAACCAAUUGGAGCAUUGUAAAUAAUGAAAAGACCCUGUGCUGCACUUAAACUAUUGCUGCUUGAUUCUUUGAUUUUUACAUCAGAGCUUUAUAAAAGUGAACAUUUUGUACAGAAUUGUGACUUGUGACCGUGUAACAUGGAAGGGGUUUGCUAGGGCCUCUUUUUAACCACCGCGGAUGAAUUGGGGUGGACUUUACUGUACUGUGAAGAUUUUCACAUUUGAGGUUGGUUAUGGGGUUUUUGUUUUGGUUUGGCGUUUUUUUUUUUUGUUUUGUUUGGGGUUUUUUUUUAAUUGCCUGGCAGGAAGCAGCUGGUCUCAGUUAGGAAAGACCAGCAGGCUGAGUUGCAGAGUCCAUUGCAGCCCUCUGUUAUGUCACAUUUUUGAUUACAAUAAAAGGUUUUCAGUAAACUA